AUGAUCGGAGCCUUGUAUCACACACUGAGGAGUGACGAUCCAGCAGCUGCAGUCCCCAUCCUGCGAGCCAUGUCCGCGGAGACGCCGUCGCCAGCGAGCCAGCGGCGACGGCAGUGCGCGGCAGCAGUGGCAGCCGCGGCCGCUGCUUGCCUCGCGCCUCUGGUCGUGUUCCUGGCGGUGCUCGUCCUCGUGCCGUCCCUUAUCCCGCGGCUGCUCCUCCGGCCGCACCACGUCGUCCCCUACGUCGCGUCCGGCGAGCUCCGCGCCCUGGCCUUCGACGCCGCGGCCUCAGCCGUCACGUACAACCUCUCCGCCGUGCUGCGGUUCGACGGCCCGCCGAACCUGUACGCGCGCCGGUACACGGGGAUCAGGGCCGCGCCGUUCUACGCCGGGCAGGAGCUCGGUGCCGCCGUGGCGCUGCCGGGGUUCACGCAGCGCAGCGGUGGAGGCAACGCGCUACCGGUAGCGUGGGCCGGCGUGCAACGCGUGCCGCCUGGCCGGCGCGCUCGCGCCGUGGCCGCGGCGCUCGCUCGGGAGCGUGCCGAGGGGUGGAUCAGCGUCAAGGUCGCCGUGCGCGCCGCGCAGGACGGCGCGGAGAGCGACUUCGCGUGCGUGCUGAGCUUUCCGGUGCCUCACAAGCGCGACGGUGGUGGCGCUGGCAAUGGCGCCGCCCCAGGGGUGUUCGAUGGCGGCAGUUGCAUUGACGCCGUACGCACCGAGUUCUAG